AUGCCCGAGUCCCAUCAAAACGAAUCUCAGUCUGGUGCUGCUGCUCUCCCUACGACGUUAGCCCAUUCAAACCCCCCUCCACCACCUCCGCCGCCACCACCACCCGCGCCGUCACUAUCCUCCCAGCGAUAUACUAGAGCUACAAGUGCUUUUGCCCGGUUCGCACACCCUUUCAUUUAUGGCUCAAGGCCACCAAGCCCUCAGCCAACUGCUCCGCAGGAGGCGCUAGUUGUCAUUCAUCCUCUGCAUCCUACAGCGCGGCCUAGUCCGUCACAAACAGUCACACUUAACACCAACAUUCAUAUUGCUGCCCUUGACAUUUCGCCCCAACAAACACAUGCCGUUGUCGCCGGGCGUGGGAUCCUCAAGACUAUCCGCGUAACUCCCUACAGUUGCGAGGAAGAAUUUGACCUGCGCGAGGCUAUUUUAUCGUAUCAUUCGAAUCGCCAAGUUUCAGCGGGCACCUUAUCUGCAAAACACAAGGACCAGCUUGCCGCGAAGGAUGUGAAGUGGUCUCAUGGUGAAUAUGACCGCAUAAUUGCUACGGCCGCUGCCAACGGACGCAUAGUUUUGUAUGACUUAAAAAGGCCAGGACUCGAAUUGGGCCGGCUCCAAGAACAUAGUCGCCAAGUUCACAAGUUAGCAUUCAACCCUCAUCGCGGGGCGUGGCUUCUGUCUGGUAGUCAGGAUGCGACUAUCCGGAUGUGGGAUCUGCGAAUGGUGUCGGGCGAGAGGGGGGCGAUGAGUUUUGGUAGUAAAUUUAGGUUCAAUGGCCAUAGUGAGGCUGUCAGAGAUAUUAAGUGGUCGCCGGUUGAUGGCGUUGAAUUUGCGACUGCUACAGAUAGCGGCGCUAUCCACCGCUGGGAUGUUCGAAAGGAUAAUGCCCCGCUAAUGAAGAUCAAUGCCCACGAAAAAGCCUGCUUUUCGAUCGACUGGCACCCGCACGGGAAACAUGUUGUAUGGGACUUUUCAACAACAGAUCGGAGACAGAAGCCAUCCUUCCAGUUUCGCGCUCCACAAGCUCUUCAUAAUGUACGAUGGCGGCCCCCUUCAUGGGCUUUGGAGAAUCAAGAAGUCGCAAACUGGCAGUCUACACAAAUCGUCACGUCUUAUGACCACGAGGAUCCUCGAAUUCAUAUAUGGGAUUUACGCAGACCUCAUAUCCCGUUUAAAGAGAUCGAUCGCUACAAUCGUCCUCCCACUGAUCUGUUGUGGCAUUCAAGUGAGCUAUUAUGGACAGUGGACGGCGAUGGCACUUUUACCCAAACGGACAUUAAAUUUGCACCCCAGGUGAUAUCGCGCAGGAAACCUUGUGCUGUAGCAUGGAGCCCAAAUGGCGACAUUAUCACUGUGAACCACAAACGCCCGUCAAGGCGGGGGUUGAACAUGAAUUUAAGCCCGGCGGAAUUCCUAGGCCUCAAGACAGGAAAACCAAGUAGCAGCGAAAAAGGGACUACCAGCCUCAGCUUGACAGAUGAUGGCCUGGAUGAAUCUGCUCUUUCGUCGCUAAGAAAAAGAACCAACAAAACUGCUUCCUCUAGAGGCUCUAAGUCAUUGAGCGGAACCCCCCCGAUGUCAGAAGAUGGUCCUACUGUUAUUUCUCUUGAGAAAGCCAUUGCACAUAGCGGUGUGUUUGAGCCGAAUCAGAUCGGAGCUAUUGGUAACGUUUCCGGUGCAACGUUUGACCCGGAAACCUUUAGAUAUCUCGCUAAGCACUAUUCGUCUCUAAUGGGGAGUUCUGACUGCAAGAAAUCGUCGUCUAGCUUGUUGGAAAAUGUACAGAUGAGUUUUGACAACAAUGCAGAAUGCGCAGAGGAUGUCUCGUUAUACACACUGGCUCAAACGUGGAGGAUAAUUCAAUAUGCUGUUGCCCAUGAGUUAAAGGCUAGGGCGGAGCAUCGUGCGUCUGCCCAGGAGAAUAAAAUCGAGAGCAUAAAAGAGAGCACAAAACCGAAAAUAUCAGAAAAUGAAAAUUCUCUUGACAAAUCGCAAACUUUGGAAGAGCCUAUUCCUGACAAGCUCAAAAGCCGCCUGUUCAAAGGCGUGAUGGAAGCAGAGGGGGCUCCCCGUGCACCGACAGACCAUGAAAGCACGUCGAACAUGACAACUCCUCUCGCUAAGCCGUUACCUGACUCUCCUCGUGUCGAGGAAAGCAACGGCGACAGAUACCAGGGUUCAAAUUCAGAGCAUGAGUUAGAAAACAUUCAACUACUACCUCCAUCAGUGUUAAGUUCCAAUGGAGGGGAAGCUUCCAAGCGGAGACCGCCACAAGAUGGCUCGGGCGUUGAAACAGAAUCAUUUAUUAAUAAUGAGCCGCGUCGGCCUAGGGCGCAAGGGUCGCCCAGGAGCUUGUCACCAGAUCGUUUGUCCAGGCGAGACUUGAACCUUAUAGACUUAUUCAGCGAAGGUCGAUCCGCACCUCGUGCUAUUGCUGGCAGAGCAAACUGGCGUUUGCACGACCUCCGCGCCUAUGAAAAUCGUGACUUUGAAGAGGAAGACUAUGACCAAAAGGUCGAGGAGAAAAGGGCAGCUCUGAGGGAUUACAAAACCUUCCCAAAGAAGGUUCUGUCGCUUGACACUCCUUCACAUGAGCAUCUUAUCAAAGCUCGUCUGCCCAUUUCUUACACGCGUCAUGAUUCCGCGGACAGCUUUCUAAUGUUUUCUGCCUCGACUGAUAGCUCCCAAAGGACUAAGUCGAUAAGCGAGUCCUAUUCGGAACGUUCGAAACUAGAGGAUACUGCUCGAAAAGGCUCUGGGGACUGGCCAGUUGCAGCUGGGAGCCCGUUGGGAAGAAUAAACGAACUUGAAGUUGGGUCUCUUCCCAGAUCGGCGGUUCAGAAAGUCCAUAAUAUACGUCCUUCACAGGACUCCUCGUUUGUUAGUUCAGUAUCGGAGUCCAACAUGGUCGAUCUUGAACGACCCCGCAGCCCUCUCCCAUUCCUUGUAGAAACAUCCGCUGUGAAGGACCCAUUACAGCGCCAAUUACGACAGGGCUCUCCUCCAACAAAGCCUGCGCCUCACCAUCGAGAUCAUCCUGUACUUUGCACUCGUAGAAGUUCUGAGGAAGAUAGUCUCUUGCUACCUCUCUCCCCUGACGAAGCUGAGAAGCAGCCGUGGAGUGCAAGUAAAAUUAUCAAAGAAGCCCUUAAACAUUACUGCUCAAGCUCGCAGGUCGACAUACAAUCAGCUGCUCAUCUCUUGCACAAAAUGCAUUUGCUCUUUUCUUCAUGUGACGAGAUUCUGCCAUAUGAAGAGCGUGAGCUUAUUCUUAAAUCUUAUAAUGAGCAGCUCCUAAGACAUGGGAUGUUUGUUGAAGCGGCAGAACUUCGACUUUUAUGUGUGCCUGACUAUCCAUCCGUUUAUGAUUACGCGCAACAAGAUACUUUCAUCAAUGUGUAUUGUUUCGAAUGCAAAAAGCCUUACGAGAACCCAAUACGAGAUAACCAACGAUGCCACCGCUGCAAUACCCCGCAGUCACUGUGCACAAUAUGCAUGAGCCGGGACCCUCCUAUGGAAUGGACUUUACAAUCUUCGGUCUCCUCUACCCCAUCUUCUACUUCAGACAAGUCUUCUCAAGAUGACAAUAACUCCACAGUUGAUAGUAACAUUCACACCACUUACCGCCCUCACGGGAGCGCGCUCUGGGCCUGGUGCCAAGGUUGCGGCCACGGAGGACACGCAGCCUGCCAGACUACCUGGCUCAACAACAUUUCCAUCAGUGAGGGCGGCUGUGCAACACCAGGCUGUUUCCACGACUGCGGGCCAGGCCCACGACGCGAACAGAAUAUUGCUUCCCAUGUUGAAGAGCGUAAGCACGUAAGGGAUACCUUAUCUGCACGGAAAUUGGGUCGGGGUUUCGCGAAGCGGGAUUCGUGGACUGCUGGCGAAAGCAAAGCUGUGGAACGGGUCCGAGGGAUGCUAGGUAUUGCGACGGCAACUAAUACAACAGCAACGUCUUCUGCUGCCACGGGUAUAGGACCGCCGGUAGAUUCCCCUAUAGCCGCUGAUGGUGGUGGCACAGGGCCUUCUGCGAUUGUGUCCCCGAAGAAAGUUAGGUUGGUCACCCCCAGUGAGCAAGGGGACCCCGGGGUCGGAGCCGGAACUGGGACUCAGUCGACCUACCACCGACAUUCAAUCUCUGAAACCUCGUUGACGACAAAAUAG